AUGGCUUACGUAUCUGCCUGUAUCUGUUUAGAACAAAGCACUCAAGGGUCAAAGAGGGCUCUGCCAUUAGCAGCGUCUGUUUUAAAGAACCCCAAGGUUCAAGAAGCUGUUGUGGACAAAGGAUUGGAAGUGAUGAACAAAUUGGUUGACAAACAGCUCAAGAUCAUCGACGAAGCUCAGGAGAAAGCCUCAAACUUUUUAGCCAAAAACGUAAGUGCAUCUGCAAACUUAGGAGACUGAAUAAAGAUGACUCUCCAUUAACGUUCUUCAUCGUUAUUACCAGAUUAAAUUGGACAUAACGCCAGACAAAGGCUGGAGUACACCAGACAUGUUUGUACCCUCUGGAUACCACAUGGAGACGGCCCUUUCGGAAGUAGAAAAACCUGAAAAAGAGCAAGGAGAGGUUCCAUAUACUUAUGCACCCAAUACGGGUGUGGGAUAUGUCAUGAUGAAUGGCUGCUGGGGGACAAAUUAUACAGCCAGUGAUCCUUGCUAUAACGCGAAAUGGACUUCCAAUGUCUGUCAGGUAGGUGACCCUUAUAGGUGAAUGAUGUGUGGAAGGACGAAGCAGGCGCAGAUCCACACCGGUUUCCACCAUCGGUCAGAUUUUUAAUAAAUAAAUACACUUUUAUAAAAACAAAAAUUCCCAAGUAGCAAUCCGGCCAUAUCCACCCUGAAUGACCCAGAAACCCAGGAAAGGGGACUUGGAGAGUUAAAAUCCACAAAAAUUCAGGUUUUACAUUUUCUUGCAGAACAUGAUUGACGGAGCAGCAUUUCUAGGAGUUGGCUUUGAUGGUCGCGGAGAUUACAGUCCAGAGUCAAGAAAAAUGAGCAUUGUGCAGAGAAACUGUAAAAACAAGGCAACGUAAGUCUGAAUACAGUUCAUACACGAAAUGACUCCUUAGGUCCUGCCUGGGAAAAGUGCGGUGAGUAUCAAUAACAGAGUAUUUCAAAUAUUCAUAUCAAUUGAUUUCAUUAGAUGAAAUUUGAAUUGACACUUUUAUGUCAAUUAUGUGGAGCCAAAAUGGAUCAGAGUGCAUGUGAAGUGACGAAUCCUUUUAGUGACAAAGUCAGUUGCCCUAUCCUUACAAAAAACAGUCAUCUAUCAAAUAAAUUUAAAGAUAAUUUCAUUUUUGACGCUCUUAAAGUGUCAAAUAGGGUGAAAGUGGGUUGGCUUUAUGUCAGCCACUCCGCACACUAUAAGAAAAUGUUAAUAUGAAUGAAUAAUUCUAGGUAUGACGAUUUCGAUGUGCCCGAUACCAUGAACGUUCAUGGAAUUUACGAUACCUCGGCUACUAUGCACACGUUUGAGAGCCGCGCAGAAUUUCAGCAAUAUUUGCAGAAAGAAGCUGGUGUAUCUGGGUCUUACUUCGGGUUUUAUGCAGGAGCAAAAAAGGCCUGGGGAAGCUCAACCUCGACUGCUGGACAGCAGUUUAUGUCUGUUUUGGAUAUUGAUGUAGACAGGUAAGUGACCGUUAGACUGAUGGCAGUAAAAUGAAUGAAUGAAUGAAUGCAGAGUCGUGGAGGAGAGGACAACAGACGUGCCCUCUUACAAUACAUUUUUAAGAUGUGAACAGUAAGCUCAGACGUCAGCAUACAAGGGCACCACUGUCAGCCGCUCUCAGUCCAUUUAUGAGGUUACUGUACCCACCCGACGAGAAUGAUGUGAUUUGUGAAGGUUGACCGCAACACCGGGGUCUACAUCCCCUACUCUUUUCGAACAGUGGUGUGGUCUUUUUUACGUCCGUCAAGAACCAGAUAAAUGUAAGUGCUCUGAGACGGGGCCUACGGCUUUCGUCCUUAUCCGAUUAGACCACUAGAAAGUCUAAUAGUUUGUAGGUGUUGGUCCGGCCUGGGUUCGAAAUGAUGUUGAUCUACAAAUUAUUAGACUGUGAAAGCAUGACGUUUUUACAACGUAAGUCAUUCUGUUCUUCACGCAAGGGGAAGAAUCGAAAUUUUGUCAGAUGUAAGAUUGUAACUAAUGCGCACUUGUUGGUUUAUGUUUAUGCGGGGUAGUCCCUGCCGUGUAUUGACGUAUCCUAAACUUUCGCGUCUUUUUAAUGCAUGGUCCUUAUUCGAUACACCCAUAACCAGCAAUUGAACGUUUAGCCAACGAUUGAACGUUUUGUCUGAUUUAAACUCUCUCGUUCGGUUGUGUUUCCGUAACGAUAUAUUCUCCAUAUGUUCACUUGUAGCCCUUUAAAAUUACCACGGUAUCAUUCUCCGUCCCAACGCCAGCGUUCUGUUUCGUAUUGAGAUUCCUAAUAGUUAUACAAAAUUAAAAUUUUACAUGAUGACAUCAGUGGAUGCUUCAGCAUUUGAUAAGGUUUAAAAACGAGCUGCCUCUGGUUGAGCAUGCGUAUAAAAAUGGUCUCUCUUUCUUCCUUAGCAAUUGUGCACAGUGAAAUUGUUUUAAAUUUUGUUUUUUUCCCGACAAAUUUAAUAUGUUUGCUGUCUAAAAUGCAAAAAGUGUUUUUCCAUGUCGCAUUUGUUGAUGAUGGUAUUUCGAUACUAGAACGCCCGACUACUUUAAAGUGCGAAAUCGAAAAAGAAGUUUUCAUGGUAUUAUAUGAAAAUUAAUGGUCAAAAUAGAGAAAAGAACCUAUUUUUAACUAGUACUACAUUAUAAUUAUCAUCAGUGUUAGUCAUUUCCAUUCUUGUGCUGCAUUAACCAAGGUAUGAAAUUUUCAUGGAUGAAGUUAAGCCAGAGGAUUUAAGCGUUGCAUUUCUGCGAGAAUUUAUGAAACUUCCAAGAUCAUACUUCGAUGCAAGAGCUCCAACAAAAUACCGUAAGUACCGGCAAAAAUAUUUAAGAGAAAAGUAAAAGAACUCUCUGGUUCCUUUGAUAAUUCGGCCUGGCCUGAAGUAGACGUUCUCAUUACUUACUUUCUUGAAACGAAUCAGUGUAAAACCUUGACACGGUAACCUAGUUAGUCUUUAAAACUAGAAAUAUUUCGUCUCUUUGCUUGAAAAUUAUUUUGAUAUGUUAUAUUAGACACGAACUAGAAUCAUGAUUAUAGCAUUAGCCUUAGGCUCUUGAAAUUGCUCAAUUUUAAAGUGACCAUGUUUUACUGAGUAAGCUGAGUAUAUCUACAAGUAAAACAACUGCCUUUCUUCUUUUGCUUUGUAAUAGAAAAUUUUAUUCAAAGAUGGGGAACCCAUUAUAUUAAAUCAGCGAGAUUUGGCGGAGAACUGGAAAUACGUAAGAGAAUGGACGCUAAGGAGGCAGGAUCUAAAACCCAGUUUUCCGAGAAAAUGGAAUUUGAAUAUAAGACUCUUUUUGCGAGUGUUGGUGCAAAGUAUACAAAUGAGGGAGGAGUGUCUGUAAGACAACAGACUAAAACAACUUCGACAGAGGUUGAAGCCAAAGGGGGAAGUCAAGAUAUAGCGUCCAUUCUGUCUGACAUUUACUCACCAACAUUUAAGACAGAAUUCAAAGAAUGGCUGCAGUCGAUUCCUAAGUACCCAAAGGCGUAUAAAUUUGUGAUGGGAAAAAUUUCCGACUUGGUGAAUUUCCGGGCCAGUGAUUUGUUUCCAGAAGAGAAGGUGAGCAUUUGAUUUUGGAUUGAUUAGUUAAGAGUUAAUCAUUCAUAGCGAGCUUAUGAAACGCCGAAUAACGUUGAUGUCCUGUUAGGGGUUUCGCUUGACAAAAAGUUAAAAUUAGGUUUUGUUUUCAUAUCUCCAGUAUGACGUUGUCGAGACAGACCACUGAAAGAAAGAAAAGAUCAACUUCAGGUUGCACGGAACGUGAAAAUUCUUGCUGCUUAUGGCUUGUGAAUAACACCUUAAUUUUUUUUGUCUUCAAAAGCAAGGUUAUAUAUCUAGUGUGACUUCCCUCCCUACUUCCUGGCUGAGGAACUAAAACAUAGUCGAGUUUGGGCGGUCCAUCUUAUCGCGGACUUUUUCCUCCAGGUAAGCUGGGGCUGCGAGGGGAAAGCGGCAGAAAUCGAGACUGACAAAGAUGGGCGUAAGUUCUAUUACACCUUUCCCAUUAAAGGAACGAAGAAGAAAGUUUAUUGCGAAUACGACAGCCGACAAAGCCUGGAGACAGCAAUUAUGGACAAGAGGACAAGUUUAAAGAGAGCCAUUGAAAUCUACAUGGAGGAGGUAAUGUUGAUGUUGAUGUGAACCCAUAGUGUAUAUCAUUCGCUAAAACUAAAAUGUCUCUGUGUUGAAUUAAUGGUUAGGGGCCCGUUUCUCUAUCGGAUGUCCGUCUUGAAAAAUGUCCACCUGAUACAGUGACCAAUCCCACGACAAAACCUACUACCCAACCCGGACAGUCAGCAGACAAAUGGAUGAAUGAUAAAGUAGUGGUUCCCAAAUGGAAAGAGCUUAUCCGCGGUGACUCCACUUUUCAAGUAACAUUUGACAUGCUGAGUGAUCUAACAAACCCACUGCAUAUUGCUUUCAGUAUUCCAAAGGACAUGAGGAGGAAUGUUCGCUACAGGUACGUCUUUAACAUUAGAAAAGCUCGUUUUGACUUCAUUAAUUUAUUGUGCACACUUUAAAGUCUCAAAAGUACUACAACAACAACUGCGCCUUCUUACCCACAAAAAAUGUCUAAGGCCCAGUUCAGACGCCGACCUCUUCAUGAGCCGAACCUAAUUCGAAUUAAGGCUGACCCAAUCGGCUGAAUUGAUAUCAGACACCGAUCUUAAUUCCAGCUGAACAAAAAUCAAGAGGAGGAAAAUGUUCAGUUCGGUAAAACUGAUCGAUUGCAAAAUUCGUUUAAUAAUAAUUUAUACAUUAGGUUCGGGACAUGUAAACAGCUUGAAAAGUUCGGCGUCUGAAUCAAAGCCGUUCCAAAGUCGCUCCAAAGCCGAAAUUCUCGGCCUGGCUAGGCGGCAAAAACGGAUGAGCCGUUCCAAAUUGAAAUAGGUGUUCCUAAUUGAGUCAGACGCCUAACCUUUCAUGUACUUAAUUCAAUGCAUACUUUCGGCUUGUGAAAAGUUCGGCAUCUGAACCGGGUCUAAUGUCACUUUCCAUCACCAUUUCAUCUUGAGGGCGAAAGGUGCAAAAAGACCGAGCCUUAGCCAGAAUAAUAAGCCUAAGAGUAUUGAGAAAAAUAUUUUCCACACGCGUAUGACUCAUGAUCACUCAGUCAGACAUGGGGAAAAACUGAAAUACUGCAGUGCCCCCAUGGAUACCAGCAAUAUGUAGAGCGUAUACAAGUUAUUGAUCGAGAUAGCUGGAUAUUCGCCAAUUUCAAUUCUUUCUUUUUGGUUUUGUUAUGGAUCGAGACCAAGUCGAGGCCAUUUAAGAACGCAAAAAAGAGAUCAAUAUUCACUGAACAAAUUUGAUCAAUAUAAAAUAUUCAUAAUAAGGCCGAGGGAACCUUUUUUUCUUGAGGAGCUUAAGCGGGAAAUCCUGCAAAAGGGCGAGACAGGACCAUCGUUCCCGCUUGGGUUGUAGCUCAUCAGAACACAGGUUUCGAAUCAUCUCAACGCUCGCGGAACCAAACCAUAUGAUAAAGCUUAGAGUGUAUUAAUUACUUAGCUUAACUUGAUGAGGUUUUCACUCUCCUCUUUACUUAUUAUCCCCAGUGUGAACACCAUGUUGUAUUUAAUUGUCACUCAAAAGAUACGUGUAGAAGGAGGAAAAAAGGUCACUGAAAAAUUAAACAUGAUUGAUUAGAAGGAAAGAGAGAUUGACGGACGGAGAAAUCUGUAGAGUUUGGUGCCAUCUAAGUAAAGCCCAUUGGAAAAUUUCAAAACAGAACUUUACAAGUAUUUCAUAUCUAUAUUUUCUUAAGGGAUGGUGAAUGGUACACAAGUAACGGUAAUAACACAUUUCACCUGUAUAGCGGUUUCAGUGGUUCGACAAAUUACCACCGAAAACGUAAAAUGUCCAUAUUUGGAUUGAAUUUAUCCUACAACGAAAAGAAAGGGUUUUUAUAUCUUGAUGAAGAAGAUUACAAAUCAUCAAAGAAAGUGUUUCCUACAUUGCCAACUGACUUGAUUGGAAUACCAUUAGCACGGGUGGAAUCAGUAAGCCGAGACGAGCAUGCUAGCAAGAGAAGCGGGUCUUCCGCCGCACCCAGUAUAGGGGUACCUUGCCACGCCGAAUGGUCCAAUGUCCUCCGUAUAGACUUGGAAGACACGCAAGGGCAAUGUCUUCACUUUACUGCAGCGUCUAGUGGAACGAUAUACGUGGUGUUCAGUGCUUCCCCAAAAAACUUCCAAGCACGUUAUGUCGUGGAAAUUUCCACAAAAAAGGUUGUCAUCUUUAAGGUAUGUUGAAAAGUGUUUUUUGUUUUUGAAAGAGUUAGCAAAAGGUAUUGAAUUAAAGAAAUCAUUUGGUUUUGAAAUUAAUCCUCCAUAUUUUUGAUUCGGCUAAAAGAUGGUGGCCAUGGGCUCAUUUCUUCCCCACUAUACUACUAAUAUAUUCCUUGUAAGACCCUCAUGUGACGUCUUUACUGCACGCCAUUAGCUCAAGUUGAAAGGAAGAGGUUAUCUGGAGGCAACAAAGCUAAUUGUAUGAAUUCAAAGUGAAUACAGUGUAUAUGAUAUUUAAUUCGUAUACCGAACUGCGGGAGAAACAAUUUUUCUAGAAACUGUUUCACUGUGAUGAUCUUUCAUUUGCUAAAUUUUUCUUCCGCAGUUUAAGUGUAGCAGAUUUCAUAAAUUCACUUUAAUUUAUAUUUUAAUCUUCUACGGAUAUGUCACGGAAUUCGAAGUAUCGACCCCGCUCCCUGCUGGCUUGAAAGCUCAGUGGUUAGAUGCACUGCACCGGUAUCGCAGAGGUCAUGGGCCGGGUUCGAAUCUCUUUCAAGUCUUAUGUGUUUGGGCUUUCCUUAUUGUGUACCUUAAACUGCGAUAAUCAUUUAUUUGUUAAAAUAGUUUUCGUUAGCAAUAGUUAGUUUAAGCUACAAGCAUUUUAUAUGCUGGUGUAGGGUGAAGAGGCAGCGUCUGACUCACCAUCCAUUACCGAUGUAAAUGCUGUGGCCAUUGGGGAAGGCGUUAUUUUCGAGUCUUACUUUGUGUGCAUCACCAUUUCUGGUAAAAACACGUUGAUCGAGUACGGCAAGAACCAAGGUACCAGGGACGCUGGAAACGUCUAUCUUAACAUGAUAGACAACAACAGAAAUUUUGAUGUAAGGUUUUAUGCUUUUGGAAACAAGGACGAGCUAGUCAAUAUCAUGGACGCUCACAUGGUCUCGCAUAAUCGAACGGAUAUCCAGUGCAAGGGGGAUACCAAGAAAGACGAAAUUGAAAAUCUGUGUGCAAAGAAUUGUCACAGAACCUGCAAUCCCGUGGCAGGUUGGUGGGAUUUUAUAUUCGCAUAAACUUCACAUUGGGCACCUGUUUCGCAAAAUUGCAAUUACCUAUGCCAUGUUCCUUUACAUACAUUGCAUUAGAGCAAUUAUUGAUGCUGGCAGAGUCUCGCUUUGGGUGAGCUCUGCUGGCUCGGACCCAUGCAAAUGAUGGCGAAUUAAUUUGGGGAUGAAUUAGGCCACAGGAGCGGCCGUUCAUUCAAUUUAAAAAACUGGAAAUAUUCCAGAUACACAAGAAUUUUAUCUCCAAGCAAAAGUGAUGGAGGGCACAUCCGCCGUCCCACUAGGACAAAUAGGGACGACGGCGACGGCAACGGGAACGCCACAAAAUCAUUAGGUUUAAUUAGCAAAACAACUAUUUUGGUUAGUGACUUGGAGUAAUCGCUAUGAAGAUUGAAAGAACGCGAAUUCACUUUUUCAGCGACGUUUUCUCCGCCGUCGCCGUCCUAGGAUCUUAAGGUCCCUAAUAAGAACCAAAGGCAGGGGGAGGGAGGGAAAAUCAUAUUAAUGUUCCUUCAUGUAAGAGUGCGCAGAAGGGUCAUGCGCCUCCCUUUCACGACUUAAGAAUAACCCCGAAAAUGUCCCCGAUGGCAGAAACGCAAUUCUCCAACCACCCCACUCCCCCCUUCUCACUUAUAGCUGUAGAAAUACAUUAAUAGCCAGUCAGAGGAAGCAAAUAAUCAUUUCCUUCUUUGGAAAUAAAUUUCUGUUAAAGUCAACAAAAACACGCGAAAGCCCGAGCACAUUUAUUUCAUUCCCCUACGUAAGGUUACCAUUGGCUUGUUAUUGUUGUGGCUUUAUAAACCUUAUUACGAAUUUUUUUAAUUUUUUAAGUGUUUUAAUCUAAGUAUCUCUCUUGCUUUUCCCGCCCCCAUACUUCCCACCUUUCUCAGAGCUUUGACGAAAGGAUCCUGCUUUGACCUUAUAUUUUUAAUAAUGUUUAGGCUGCAAAGCACCGGACGAUGAUGAACAGUGCAACGCAUGUAGAGUUGUGAAGGCAGCAGGGAGCUCGAGAUGUCUUGACGAAUGCCCAGCAACAUCUAUGAUAAACAAAAAACGGGAAUGUGUUCGUAAGUGUAUUACCUUACAGCAGAUUCAAAAUGUAAACGUGACGCUAUCCGAGGGAGCUAGAAGGAUGCUGGUGUAUCUCUUCAAAGAAGUUCCCCCUAAGUUGCAAAUCAGCAAUUCGCUUUGAGUGUGUGUUUUUAAGAUGAAGCGUUUCCACUUCAGUACUUUAUUAUGAUCUUCUCGUCCUGUUGUUUUAGAAUUGAGGCCUCGCAAUUUUUUUUUAAAAGUCAGCCCAACUAUGAUCCCAGCUAUGAUCAGGCCUUUUCGAUCAGACUUAAAUGUGUUACUUAAAAGUUGAAACACGUUUAAAUCCUGCAAUAUGCAGAAAAAUAAUUAACUGGCCUUUUAAAACUUUUUUAGCAUCUUAUGAAGGGAAAGUAGAAAUAGGCACUGGAACUCCAAUUGAGGUGAGAGAUAUCUCGAUCGGGGAUGAACUCAGCACAUGCAUGUGGCUAAAGCUUACAGAAGGAACAUGGAAAAAAGAUAACCACAUGGCAUUUCCGGUUUGGUUGGAGAUGCAGGGAAUGAACAUGCUCACUUCCUUAACUGGGGAAGGUGACAGUCUUUACUUCCUGUACGUACAUGGUGGCAUAAAUGAAAGGUAAUCAACAACUGAGUUUCUUUAACUUUUGGAGCCCCCAAAUUUAAAAUUUACCAUAUAUAGUUUGGUAGGGAUAUUGUCAUGCUUUAUGUGACACAUUUGUUCGGUUGGUCUUAGCAUAGUCGAUGUCAGGUGCAUGCCAAAUGUCACAAUUCUCCACAUCUAGCUAACAUUUUACAUAUUUAUUCCCAAUGCAUUGCGCACCUUAUGCUCCCAAAAAUGACUUUGCAGAGCAAAACAGAAGAGACUGACGUUUUGGAGAAUGGCAUGAUUCUUACAUUGCAAGGAUAAGAAAAGCUCACUUGAUUUCUCGAUUUUGAGAUUACAUUUACUUGCGUUCUUCACUUUGUUAUUCUUGUUAUCUCAUAGCACGGACGUUUCUGGUACAUUAUAUUAACGUUCAACCUUCUCAUAAUUUGUUUGAAUUAAGGCUGAACGUCGAUGUAUUAAAGGAUAAACUAUGGCAUCAAAUCUGCAUUUUAUGGUCAAGUAAGACAGCUGUCUGGUCUAUAUAUUUUGACGGAGAGAGGAAAGCCUACGGCAUUUAUAACGACUUUAUAGGACGAAGAAUUGGAAAGUUUAAGUACGGAGAGGCUUUGUCGUCAAAUAAAAUGCGCAUGACCCAGGUCAAUCUUUGGGACCGCGUUCUCACAAAUCAAGAAAUCGCAACCUUCGCAAAAACGUGCAACCAGGGAAUAGGUGACCUUGUUUCCUGGGCUGAUCUGUAUGACGAAACAAAGUCAAGCAGGUACUCCAAGCCGUCCACCUGCAAAGCAGUUCCCGAGGCUUUAUCAACCACCGCCACGCCUGUGACAAAAAAGCCAACCACCGAACCUACAACUGCAAAAGCCACAACAACUGAGCCAGCAUCCAGGUAA